AUGGAAGCAAUGACAGUCAGCCACCGGGAAGAGCUCAUCACUUCAAAGUGCCGCGGCCCGAGUCCUGCUCCAGACCCUGAUUACAGACGACCGGACCAUCAGGGACCAGCCGGACCGUCAGAGCGCUCCCACCGUUACCGGCCAAUCAGGACGCUUCGCCGCAAACCAUUUACAGUCUACGCAAAAACAUGUGUGCGGCGUAACAAGCAGAUGAUCCAGGAAGAGCCCACUCAAACUCCCACUUUACAUGUUCCCCCCAUGUCUGUCCUCCCGUGUGACUGA